AUGAAAAAAACCAAACAGCAUGUAGAUAAAGAGGCAAAUAAAAAAACAGCGAUCUUUAUGAUGUCUUCUUCUGCUACAUGUAAACAAGAAGGUCACUCAAGGUCAACAUCCAAGAAAUGUAAAUCUCCAAAUUGGUUCGUAAAAAAACAGACUAUUAAGGAUACUACCAUCUACCGUGUUGUUAUUACUGUGAAAAUGGGAUUUAAUUCAUUUCUUGCAGUACCUGAAUUACAUAAUGUUAUUGAAGAUGCAGUUGAAAGGAUGAGAUUAAUUAUAGCAGGAGCAUCACGACUUACACAAGCGCUAAUUAUAUAUUGUGUUGAAAACAAUAUACCUCAGUUGUGCAAGUUGGCACAUUAUGUAGCAAGGGCUUGGAACUCCUCAUGGGGUCGUCCACCAGGAGUUUGA